CACGACUGCUGGGCAACUCUCAGAUCACAUGACCCGAGUCUCUGUCUGUCUGUUAGCAGCUAGCCGCGUUAGCACCAGCAGGAAACGAGCUGACGUUAAAUCGAGCAACAACAAGAAGAGACAGAGGAAGGAGCUGUCAGACAUAUGCGCUGAUAUCAUUCCGGUUAUUCAGUGUUUUUAUCUGUCGGCAGCGGCUUUGGCCUAAACUGUGAGCUGCUUGAUCUCCACCUACAUGGCUGCUCACAUCAACAUUAAACAAACGAGCAUGUGACCGAGAGCAACAGGGGGUGUACUGUACAAGCACAUGAUCUGGGAAAAGAGGAGGAGGAGGACACGAACAUCAACCCAGGGGUAAAUCAUUUCAAAGUGGUCGGUUUGGAGUGAAUAGCCAUGACAACAAAGACAUCCCUGCUAAAAGUUAUCCUGCUGGGCGACGGCGGCGUAGGGAAAAGCUCCCUCAUGAAUCGUUACGUCACCAACAAGUUCGACGCGCACCUUUUCCACACCAUCGGCGUCGAGUUCCUCAACAAGGAGCUGGAGGUGGACGGCCACCAGGUCACGCUACAGAUCUGGGACACUGCCGGCCAGGAGCGCUUCCGCAGCCUGAGGACUCCUUUCUAUCGUGGCUCUGACUGCUGCUUGCUCACCUUCAGCGUGGACGACAGCCAGAGUUUUAUCAACUUGGGCAACUGGAAGAAGGAGUUCAUCUACUACGCGGACGUCAAGGAGCCAGAGAAGUUCCCGUUCGUAGUGUUGGGCAACAAACUGGAUGUGACAGAGCGGCAGGUGUCCACCGAGGAGGCUCAGCAAUGGUGCCAGGAGAACGGCGACUACCCGUAUUAUGAGACCAGCGCCAAGGAUGCCACCAAUGUUGCGGUGGCUUUCGAGGAGGCGGUGCGCAGAGUGUUGGCAUUGGAUGAAAGAACGGACCACCUCAUCCCCACAGACACAGUCAAGCUGCACAGAAAGCCUCGCUCUGCCACCACUUGCUGUUCAUAACACCCAGGAGUUUCCCCACUAACAUUGAUUUGCUGUUAUGCCUGUUAUGUGAUGAGGCUGUAGGUGCACAAUGCUGUAGUGACAUCUUAUUUAAGCAAAUGACGCUACCCCGCUUUAUGAUUUGUUUAUACUGUACUGCUGAUCGUUUGAUAAUGUUAAUAGUUGGACUCCUGACGCGAAGAGAGAAAGAGCGGAAACACUAAAUUGACCCCCUGCUAAUCACAAAUAAACGAGAAAUCGCAGAAUUACUCACUCGAAUCAAAAGUCAAACUUUGGAGGGGGGUGGUGGAAAAAACAAACUAUACUUUGUGUUGAAGGACGACCUGUGGGGAAUUAAAAAUCUGUUGUGAUGGAACUGCAGCAAUAUGUUUGACAAGUUUCACUUCCCUCUUUAGAUGUUUUUAUUCCGUGACUUCAAACGUGUGUCGAGUGUGAUAAUCCGAGCUUCAACUUUCAAAUGUAAUAAUGGAAACAGAGUGAUUUGCCUUUUAUGUUUAUAUUUAGAAACAAUAACUGCAUAAAUAUGAAUAAUUUAUACAACCCAAUAACCUUAUUUCUGAGGAUUAUGAAGUAGCUAAGACACUACUUUGUGUAACUAACAAAUCCAGGCUUGUCGUGAUUAUUGCACCUUUUUAGUUCUUGUUUGUGCACAUUCUGCAUAGUGAUUAGAUUAUGGCUAUGUGCUGGAAACACCAAGGGACGAGAUCCCCCCCCCUAACAGAAGAUACAUAUUAAAGCAAAGAUAACAUGCAUGGCAUAUGGUGUAUUUAAGUUUCUGGAACCUUUUUUGUAUUUUUUUUAAAAAUCACUGAAUCCUUUUUUUGUUUUUUAAUGAGGGUGAUGUCCUGAAUUAGCAGCCAUGACUGAGUAAAUCUUUUUCCUCAUCGCUGGGUUUAUAGUUUUAGAUGAUUUUGAUCUUUAAAGAACAUUUUGUCUUACUCUGUUGAAAGUCUUUUUCUCCCUGCUUAAUAUUUAAAAAGGUUCAUCUACCAUAACUCUUCAUUCAGAUUUUACUUAUAUUCAGAGUUGUACUACUGGUAUGCCAAACGAUAAAUAAACCCCCUGAGAAUUGUCUCUGAA